UGCGCAUUAUCGCGCAGCUUUGACUGUCACGUGAGUCGUCUCGUGACAACAGGAAGAAGGAAUGACAACAGUGUGAGGAUGCUGCUGCUGCUUUGACACUUUUUUACUCUUAUUUUUCAUUUUCUGAACGCAACAGCCAACAAUGACUUCUUUUAUAAAAGAAACUCAAAGCAUAAAAGAAGCUGUAACUUUUAUCAACGCAAUUGAUGUGAACAAGUUCUCCAGGCUGAUCUCCCGCAUCAUACAGAAGCUGCAUCUGAAGGGAGAGCGUACAUUCAGUGAAGAGGAGGAAGAAAAGCUCCAGACUGCUCUCUCAUUGGAUAAACAGGCUCUCCAUCUGGUCCUGGAAACUGCUGCCUUUAUACUUGAACAGGCAGUGUAUCAUAGUGUGAAGCCGGCCUCUCUGCAGCAACAGCUGGAGGUGGUACAUCUUGACCCAGACAAGGCUGAGGCGUUCUCUCAAGCAUGGGCCACAGCUGCACCUGAGCUGGUGGAGAAACUAAAGCACAGUACCUUCGCCCCAAAGAAGCUGGAGUAUGUGGGCUGGCAGUUGAACCUGCAGAUGGCCCAGUCCAGCCAAGCCAGACUGAAGUCUCCCAGCGCCGUCCUCCAACUGGGACUCCGCAAUGAGGACUCUGAGGUUCAAGAAGAUGUCUUUGUGGAUUUUAACCACCAGGAGCUGGUUGACUUCUACAAUAAGCUUGAAAUCGUGCAGGGCCAGUUGGAUUCCCUGACUUGAUGCCUGAUGCUCUUGUAGACAAACACACACACGCACACACGCACACGCACGCACGCGCACACACACACACACACACACACACACACACACACACACACACACACACACACACACACACACACACAAACAGUCAGUGUUUUUGCUGCCAGCUAUGCCAGCUGUUAGAGGCCUAGCAAUUCCAUUCGGGGUCUGAUUUAUUAGUGAACAAUGUCAAACUUUGAAGGAAGGGGUUUGUUUCCCCUUUGAGCUUCUUUCAUUCCAGGUUUGUGCUCUUGAUUUAAAGAGGCCAUUGUGAUCAAUCUGCCUGUACUUUGAAUUUGUAUGUCUUCAUCAAGGAGAUGAUGGAAAGAUUACCCUUGUCAAUAUAAAGUGAACUACAACACAUUUCUUGAUAACUUAGUAUAUAUCCAGCCAGGACUCACUUAAUGUUUGAUUUCCCUUAAAUACAGUAGCAAUGAGAUUAAAAACAAAAUGCCAAAUGUCAAUGAUUUUACCGUAUGAAAAAAAGCAGUUAUAAAGAAAUGGUAUGGAUUUUGUAUCUAGGAAAAGGAAGUAAUGCUGAUUCUAUUCUAAUAAAAUGUGGGGAGGUGAAAUUCUUCCAAGCUGUUG